AUGUCAACGCCACAACCUCUAUAUUAUAAAAAUAUGUCAAGAUGUGUCAUUAUUGGUUGUAAAUCCAAAGGUCUAGUAUGCCACCGUUUUCCAAAUGCAAACAGAUACUUGGAAAGACUUCUAAAAUGGAUUGAUAUCAUUGGUUUGGAUAAAAGUGAUGCAUUAUCUAUUUACCAAAAAAAGGUAAUUUGUGCUGAUCAUUUUGAGGACAGUUGUUCGAGUCCGGGCACAAAAAGUCUCAACGUUAAUGCCUAUCCAACAUUGAAUCUACCAGGUCAACAGUUAUUACCAGUAGAAGAUAUAACAGUACCAGCAAAUGUUAGUACUUCAAAUGUCAAAAUUCAUAAAGUUGCUGAUAUUAAUGUAUCUGGCUCUGAAGUUGCUGAUAUUUAUGUAUCUGGCUCUGAAGUUAAUGAUCUAAAUGUAUCUGGCUGUGAACUUUUUGAAAAUGAAUUUGAAAACACACCUUCCAAUUGCAAAAAUUUAAAAGUUUCUCCAUCCGUACUACGUGUAAUGAAUGAUGGUGAUGUAAUAUCAAUGCAUGUUGGCAAUAGUAAUGCUGUUAGUAGUUCAUUAAAAGCUAAAAAGACAAAUAAUGCUAUAGGUUAG